GACUAGUCGAGAAAUCACAUUCCAAACAUCAGAGAAGAAGUCCAAGACGCUGUUCCUCCUGCUUCUGACGGUUCUUCCCGUUUUCUUGGCUUCAAAACGUUGCUUUAAGACGUCUUGGAGUGAUGGGGUUCUUCGACACCCUGGCCCGAUGGCUGGGCAUGAAGAAAAAGGAAGUGAACGUGAUUUGCGUGGGACUAGACAACAGCGGAAAAACCACGAUCAUCAACAAACUCAAACCGCAAAACGCCCAACAGAGUGACAUUGUUCCAACCAUCGGUUUUACAGUGGAAAAAUUUGCAUCAGCAAGCUUGUCGUUUACAGUGUUUGACAUGUCAGGGCAGGGCAGAUACAGGAACCUGUGGGAGCACUACUACAA